AUGCCUGAAAUUGCAGAAGUCGCGAGGUGUGUGCAUUUCCUCCGCCAGCACCUUGUGGGCAAGAGGAUCUCCAAGAUCCAGGCAGUAGAUGACAACAAUGUCUUUGGCAAGGUCGGCACGUCCGGCUCGGCUUUCGAGAAAGCACUCAAAGGCCGCACUGUCGAGGCUGCUGGCAGUCAAGGGAAAUAUUUCUGGCUCCAGCUUGAUCAGGCUCCACACCCGGUGAUGCACCUAGGGAUGACUGGCUGGGUUCAUAUUCAGAACGACCGCACUGCAUACACCAAUUACUACAAGAAGAUGAAUCCAGAGGAACAAGAGCAGUGGCCACCAAAAUACUGGAAAUUCCAGCUCGAGACUGAGGGCAGCCCAGCGGUCCGCAUAGCUUUCACUGAUCCCAGACGAUUUGGACGCAUCCGCCUCGUUGACUGUCCUGGUGACCAGAUUCGCAAGACCUCGCUGCUGGUGGAGAAUGGACCAGACCCGGUAGUCGACAAGGAUGUAUUCACAGAGCAGUAUCUGAGAGAGAAGAUGCGCAAGAAGCACGUGCCACUCAAGGCAUUCAUUCUGGACCAGGCCCUCAUAAGCGGCAUCGGCAACUGGGUCGCCGAUGAGAGUCUCUACCAGGCAAGAUUACACCCUGAGCAGUACUGCGACGAUUUCACCGACGCGGAGAUCAAGCGACUUCACGAAUCUAUCACCAAUGUCUGCCAGACAGCAUGCGAUUUGCUUGCCGACUCGGACCAGUUCCCCGACGAUUGGCUUUUCAAUCACCGAUGGGGAAAGGGCAAAAAGACCUCAAGCGCACUGCCCAAUGGGGAGAAAUUGGCUUUCAUCACGGUGGGUGGACGCACAAGCUGCUACGCACCGAGCCUCCAGAAGAAGACCGGUCUUGUCGCACCAGGUAUCAAAGAAGAGCCGCUGGAGAACGGGGACUCUGAAGAGAAGCCUAAAAAGCCCAGGGCUGGAAAGCAGAAGAAGCAAGAAACAGAUGACGCUAAAGAGCUGGCAAAGAAGACGAGGGCCAGGAAAACCGCGGUCGAGCCCGCGGAUGACGAUGACGAUGACGACCAGCGACCACGGAAGAAGAGCAGGGUGAAGCAAGAUGUCGUGAAGGGAAAGCCUUCGGCCUCUGGAUCAAAGACCGCGAAAAAGGAAAAUGGCAUCGCAGAAGAGAGCGGCACAGGCAGAAGGCGAUCAGCAAGGCUCAGCAGAGGUGCUUAG